UAGUCUCAUUACAUCAGCGUUUCUCAGUGGAGCACAUCCUGCUUUUCUCUCAGCUUCACUUCAUCUCUACCUGCCUGCUUUGUUUUCUUCACGCCGCCGACUUUUGGGAUAGUUUUCAUCUUUGAGUUGAGCUCGUCACUUUUUUGCCAUGAGACUGCUGCGUAGUGUUCUGAGGUGGCUGUGGUACCACAGAAACUACUUCAUCAUCUUCCUCACUCCGAUCAUACUCCUUCCUCUGCCGCUCAAGUACCCUUCAUCGGAAGCGAAAUGCGGCUACGCGAUCAUCCUCAUGGCUCUGUACUGGUGUACGGAGUGUAUGCCUCUGGCUGUCACGGCCCUUCUGCCGGUCAUACUCUUCCCGAUGAUGGGCAUCAUGAAGGCCGACAAGGUCAGUAUCGAGUACCUGAAGGACUCUAACAUGCUGUUCAUCGGCGGGCUGCUGGUGGCCAUCGCGGUGGAGCACUGGAACCUUCACAAGCGCAUCGCGCUCCGAGUUCUGCUGCUGGUCGGCGUUCGUCCCUCCCUGUUAAUGAUGGGGUUCAUGGUCGUCUCGGCCUUCCUGUCCAUGUGGAUCAGCAACACGGCCACCACGGCGAUGAUGCUGCCCAUCGCCAACGCCGUGCUGCAGCAGCUGAGAGACACGGAGGCCCAGGCGGACUCGCGAGACUUCGAAGCUGCAGCCGCGGACAACCACGGAUUUGAGCUUGAAAACAGAGGAACUAAACAGGAACUAACAGAAGAGAAACUGCCUGAGACCAAAGCUCAGCCUGAGGAACGAGUGUAUGAACAUCAGUGGACUCCAGAGUCUCAGGAGCUCAGGAGAAGAGCGACAGAGGCGAAGUACGACCUCCUGACCAAAGGGAUGAGUCUGAGCGUGUGCUACUCUGCCAGCAUCGGAGGCACCGCCACGCUCACCGGAACGACACCGAACCUCAUCCUCAAGGGCCAAAUCGACCAGCUCUUCCCCGAAAACGGUGGUGUGAUCAACUUCGCCAGCUGGUUCGGCUUUGCUUUUCCCAACAUGGUGCUGAUGCUGAUACUGACCUGGUUCUGGCUUCAGAUUGUUUUCCUGGGCUUCAACUUCAAGCACACGUUCGGCUGUGGCGGGAAAUCCGAAAGAGACAAGGAGGCGUACGCGGUGAUGAGGGAGGAGUACAGGAAGCUGGGCCCGAUGAAGUUUGCUGAGAUAGCGGUUCUGAUCAUCUUCGCCCUGCUGGUGGGCCUGUGGUUCACCAGGGAGCCGGGCUUCAUACCCGGCUGGGCUACAGUGCUCUUCCUGGACGGGUACGUGUCUGAUGGAUCCACCGCCAUCUUCAUGUCGAUGCUCUUCUUCGUCGUCCCCUCCCGGAUGCCCAGGUUUCGCGACUACGGUUUCGAUGAAUCAGGUAAGAAGGUGAAGUAUCCCAAACCGCUGCUGAACUGGCAGGUGGUUCACGAGCGGAUGCCCUGGAACAUCAUCCUGCUGCUGGGAGGAGGCUUCGCUCUGGCUAAAGGCAGUGAGGAGUCGGGUCUGUCCUUGUGGUUGGGAGAGAUGUUGGCCCCUCUAGAGAAAAUCCCCCCCUUCGCCAUCUCCAUUCUGCUCAGCAUGCUGGUGGCGACGUUCACCGAGUGCUCCAGCAACACAGCCACCACCACCCUGUUCCUGCCCAUACUGGGCUCCAUGGCCCAGGCUAUCCGGAUCCACCCUCUGUACGUGAUGCUGCCCUGCACCAUCGCCGCGUCUCUGGCCUUCAUGCUGCCCGUGGCCACACCGCCCAACGCCAUCGCCUUCUCGUUCGGAAACCUCAAAGUCAUCGAUAUGGUGAGAACCGGCUUCAUGCUGAACAUCAUCGGGAUCUUGACCAUUAAUCUGGGCGUCAACACCUGGGGGUACGCCAUGUUCGACAUGGGCACCUUCCCCACCUGGGCCAACACGACUAGCACCAAACCUUAACAGAGGACAGAAUGAGUGAUGGAGCAAAGUAUUCCUCUACAGUACAACCCAAUAUUUAACAGUCAAAACCUCAGCUUGCGCAUUUCAUCUGGACUGUUUGGAAGAGAACACGAAUAUAAAAAUACAUCUUGAGUGAAAUAAGCAGAACUUUUCAAACUACUGGAGGAAAAUACUGGAUCCCAUCAUGUGAAGAAGCCGACGGAUAAAACGUUGUUCAGGGUCUUUAAAAGGAGAGAAGAAGAAGAAGAAGUCACUUUAAAUCUCAGGAGCUGUAGCAGAAAGACGGGGAGUGAAUGAAAAGGUUGGUUACAGGAGAUUUAUUAUAGAAAUUGGAAGUUUUAAAGAUCCAGAAUAAUCAGACAACAAGCUGUGUAAUUAAACAGACUCCCCUUUUAGCAUUCACUACUUCCUGGUGUCAUUCCAGUGACGGAAGAAAACAAAGAACAAGCUGUUAAUGAGAAAAUGAGGUCAUUUCCUUGUACACGUUUCCCUGAAUGUGAUCAGAAUCUAUUUAUCAGUAACAAAUGAUGCAGCACAGCCAGUGAUUGUUUGAAAUGAUGUGAUUUUUCUGAGUGAUGUUGUGUUUGUAGAGAAUAUGUUAAUGAGCUGACGUUUAAUUAAUUGUAUCAGUUAAUUUAACUUAUUGCUGUGGUCCUUUUUGUUUGGACCGUACCUCUUUUUUUGUUUUGUGUUUUUUUGGUUUCGUCACACUGUUUUUACCCCGGACGAGCGUCGACUUUAUACUUUUUAUCUUGUGAUUUGUUCCGUUUAUCGCGGAGGGAAAAUGUUCAUCUUUAAUAGUGACACGCUGCCUCGAUGAACACAGGUGAAAUAUAAUAAAGGAACAUUUUGACAUUUUAGGAAAUAUGCUUCUUCGCUGUCUUGCUGAGAGUCGAUCGAUGGCGCUCUCGUGACUGUACGGUAAAGGUUAAAGCAUGAAAGUCUGGAGACAAGGAGAGAAGACAAGCCGCGCUUUGUCCAAAGGUAAACCAACAAAGAAAACAGAGCCAGGCCGACUGUGUCCUCAUGUUUCCAGCCUUUACACUGAGCUUAUCUAACGACUUCAAGCUCCAGCAGCACAAUGAACGAACAGACACGAGGAUCGUCUCCCAAAAUGUUGAAAUGCUCCUUUAACAGAUGCACACAGGGGUGCAGGUGAAAAAUGUUCCGAAUGAAAGCUCUGAAAGCGCACAGAUCAAUAGCAGGAAGGUGUUACGAGUGUACAGUGAGUGCAGAUGUAAAGGCUGGUUGAAGAAUAACUUUGAGAUAAGAAGCUGCCAACAGGAUACAGCAGGAGGAGCAGUGGAGGUCAGACUCUCCGGCGGUGAUCACAGGUGAAGAGACGCAACGUCCCUGCGGACUGUUUUCCCCUCAACGCUUUUUGUGUGUAUGUAGCAGAGCUGUUAGUAUUCUGACAAUAAAGCAUCAUCAUGUGAA